GUACUUCUGCUCUUUGCGGAUUUGGGGGUUCGGCUAGUCAAGACUCAAUGAUAACAACACAGCGGAGAUCACAAGGAGAAGAACUAGAAGUCAGUUGGGAAAUAAACAUAUACAAGAAGUUUGUACGUGCAGCCGAGUCUCGUGGUCCAUCACAACAAAGAGAAGCCGAUCCACCCUGACCGCUGUGUUUUACAAGAAGGUGCAGCUUUAGCGGAAUCGUAUUGGCCAGCUAGCUGCUAGCGGCAGGCUAACGUGCAGCUUUUGCCUUGAAUUUGCAUUGAGGUGCAAAACGGGACUCCGGGAUGUUUUGACCCGAGGCUCGCGCGAACGCCCACCGCCUCGACCUCUCUGACGCCCGCUCGCCGUGCGUUGAGACCCAUGCCGGGGCUUCGCCUUGCAGACGUAGCUGCUUAGCCGGCUAGCUGCGGAGGGACGACUCGUGGCGGAGCCGAAGGGCGAGGACGCAGCGCUUUCGGUGGCGCGGGGACGCACGCCAUGCCGCGGGCGCACGUCGGCCCGUCCGUGGAGCUAACGCCAGCGAGCUAACGCUAGCCGGGCACCGCAGGCCGCUUCGGACGAACGUCGUUAUUCCCACAGUCGGAUAAUUAGAGAAGUGAAAGUCGAAGGGAGACGCAGCUUUUUUAACUUUCAUUCUUAGCAUGGCUUUCGUUUUUGAAAGCCCACGCACACAACGGGCUAAUUAGCCAGCGAGUCGGUCUGUUGGCCAGUGGCGUUAAUUGAAGCCCGUGUUUGUGUUGUUUACAGUCUGUUAGCAUGUGAAUUCAAGCCAGUUGCGCGUAGUUUGGGGGGCGAAGAAAUGGCUGCUUAGCAGACAGCGCUACGUUGUUGUUGUGUGUCUGUGUGUGUGGAGUAGUUAGCAUUGGCGUAACGCUAGAAACAAAUCUGAUAACCAUCACCACCGCACCAAACCGCCGUGCAAAUGAGUGGGAGAGCCGCCACGCGUGCGCUGGAUUAGUGGGGCUGCAGGAAGCCGCACGCGGGGACGCGUCCGCGGCCGUGGGAGGCUGCGCGCAGGCACCUGGGCUCAGGUAUGCACGCCGUGAGCUCCCAUCUUCCGCUAAUUAGCUUCAGACACACACGAACAGACAGACGUGUUGUUGACCUCCUGCAGCACAGGGCGACGCAUCAGCCGCUCAUUCAUGAUUGAUGAGCUCUGGGGAGGCAGACGGUCCUUUAUGCAUCUUCCACUUCCGCUGAACCGCCGUAUGAAGCCACUAACAGCAGACUUAUCUCGAACCACUAUAUGAACCUUAUAACGGCGGCUCUAAGAGCUGAAUGUUAGUUUUAGCAGCACUUUCUUUUUCUAAUCCUACUGAUUCCUGCACCGGUGGAUGGGAACAUGAAGACCACUCCGAUCGGAUGUGAAUCGGCUUCCUCGUAGCUCGAAGUUCAGUGAUCAGAUUGCGACUGAGAGCCACAUUGUGUGGACUGCGUGCUGAAGAGGAGAGAGAUGACGGCAGCGAUGAUGAAAGAGGCUUAGUGACAGAGGAGAUCCCGCAGCAGGAAGCAGAGGAGUGUCUCUAGGCUGCAGACAUGAGUCUACGCCAGCCCACCUCCACCCUGGACAGCCCUUUUGCUGCUUGGCUGAGCAGUCUGACCAUCGGGGACUCGGAUCGCAAAUCCUCUGCCCCGCAACAUAGGGAGCUGGCAGCUGACGUCCCUGUUGAGAGUGCGGGUCCUGGUCUUGUCCAGCGAUGUGUGGUGGUGCAAAAGGACCAUCUGGGCUUUGGCUUCACAGUGUGUGGAGAAAGAAUCAAACUAGUGCAGAAUGUCCGACCAGGUGGUGCAGCAGUCAAGGCCGGGGUCCAAGAGGGCGACCGAAUCAUAAAGGUCAAUGGCUCGCUGGUGUCCUCCAUGUCCCAUCAGGAGGUGGUGAAGCUAAUCAAAUCUGGGCCUUAUGUCGCCAUGACAUUACAAGGCCCGCCCCCUUCAGCCACCUCACUGCCACUAGAGCCCCUCCCCACUGACCUCACAUCCAAUCAAAAAAUGUCACUAGGUGGGGAGACCCCACCCCCCCCACCUCCACCACUGCCUUCUGGACUGAGCAGCACCCCUUCCCAAAGAAUCACUGGACCCAAACCUCUACAGGACCCAGAAGUACAGAAACAUGCCACUCAGAUACUUAGGAAAAUGCUGGAGCAGGAGGAAGCAGAGCUACAGGACUUGAUGGAGGAACAGUUGAGGAAUCCAUCACCGUUACUGGAGGAGCGGAUUGAAAGUGCCAAGAGGAGAGCUCAGCAAGUCAGGGUGAAGAUUCAACAAGACCUGGAGGGAACGCGAUCUGAGUCUGUCACAAAUUAUGUCAUGGUGGGAGAAGGGCGAUUAUCAGUGGACUCGAGCGAAGGAGACGUGGAGGCAUAUGAAAGUCCCCACUCCUCCCCCUCACCCUCCGUUAGGACCUCACUACAGCGACGCCAGAGCUCCGACACACAAACCCUGCCUGAAUCGGUUCAGAUCAUCAGCUAUGAGGAGGAGGAUGAAGAAUAUGACGGCUACGCCUUUAACGAGAUGGACGGUCCAUUUCAGGACAUUGAACUACUGAAGUCCCGGCCUGCACACAUGAUGGUGUUCAUGCGUUAUGUCUUCACCCAGCUUCUGGACCCCAACCCUCUGCUGUUCUACUUGUCAGUGGAGGCUUACCUGGGCUCCAACCCUAAAGAUGCACGUGCACUUGCCCCUCAGAUCUGCUCCCACUUCGUGGACCCAGAUGCUCCUUUGAAAAUCAAAGUGCAAGCCGAUGAUCUUAAAGAAAUAGAGAGUCGACUUCAUGCCCAGGAGGACAUCAGAGGCCCCCUGUCUGAGCUGCAGCAACAGGUGCUGCCGGACAUCCAAGACCAGAUACAAGACUAUAGGAGCAAGCAGAUGAUGGGGCUUGGCUGUCUGUUUGGGGAAAGAGACCUGCUGCACCUCGACGGAGACCCAGUGAAGGAGAAACAUGUGGUGGACAAACAGGCCACCGCCCUUUGGGAGAUCCUGUCAAAGCAUGAAGAAGAAAGAAGUUCUCCUCUGGCAUCAGCAGUGCUCCUUUAUUUGCGUCACUCUGGUAUCAAGCUAAGGGACUCCAAGGUCUUCCCUGGGCUGAGCACAGAGAAGGAGAAGUGGCUCACGUUUUUAAAAACAAAAAAGUUGAGUGGCAUCAAGAAAGAGAAGGAUGGGGAGGAUAAGAAGAGAAAUCCCAUCCUGAAGUACAUCGGCAAACCCCGCUCAACAUCUCAGUCCACAUUCCAUGUCCCGGUGUCACCCAACGAAGUGCGCCAUGGAAACGUGAGAAACAUCAUUCAGCAGUUUGAGAAUCACACUGAGCCGACUGGAGAGGAGGGAGGUGAUGCUGAUCCUCAGAGACUCUCCUCCAGCAGUUUGGGAGACGAGAGCAUGGACAGCCCUACGGUCUCAGUCCGUCUGGCACGCAGCGAGUCGUUGAAGGCUCAGGGUGAGGGACGUCGGCGGGGCGUCGCCUCAGCAACGGAGUCCGUCCCCCGCUCUCGUAGUGAUGUGGACAUGGAGGAUUGCGGGGAGGAGAGGGAGGCCCCGGGUCUCAGGCUCCUGCAGCACAGCGCCUCCUCAUCUGCAUCUAGUAGCUCUGCACGGUCUCUAGAGAACCCUACACCCCCAUACACCCCUCGAUCUAGACGCAGAAGCAUGGACUCACCGGUGGCCCUGCUACCAGACGCUGUGCCGCUGGAGGAGGAUGUGUCUGAAGGUCUGAACUGGAAGGACACCGUGCCUCCUCAACUCCUCCCCACUCUGAGCCAGAGGGAGAUGGAGAGACAGGCUGUUAUAUACGAACUCUUCACCACUGAGGUGUCCCACUUACGAACCUUGAGGGUUCUGGACCAAGUCUUUUUUCAGAAGAUGAGGUCUGUGCUGAACUCUGAGGAGCUGGCCUGCAUCUUUCCUAACCUACCACAGGUUUAUGAACUCCACGCAAAUCUCUGCGAAGCGAUGAAGAAACAGAGAGAAACCCCCAUUGUGCAGGAUAUUGGGGAUGUUAUGCUGGCCAGGUUUGAAGGAGCUGCUGGAGAUGAGUUUCAGGAGCAGGCGGCCCAGCUGUGCAGCCAGCAGUCACAGGCUCUGGAGCUUAUUAAGAACAAACAGCGUAAAGACCCACGCUUUUCCCACAUCAUCCAGGACUGUGAGACGAGUCCCCACUGUCGGAGGCUGCAGCUUAAAGACAUGCUGGUGGCAGAGAUGCAAAGACUCACCAAGUAUCCUCUGCUGCUAGGCAACAUCAUUAAGCACACAGAGGUGGGUUCCGCAGACCUCCCCUCUCUACAGCGUGCACAGGCUUGUUGUCGUGGGAUACUACAGGCUGUCAACGAGGUUGUCAGGGAAACAGAACACCGACAAAGUCUUAGCCAGUACCAACGCAGGCUGGACCCUGCCCCUCAGUUUAAGAAUUUCGACCUUACUACACAGAGAAUGAUUCAUGAAGGUCCUCUCACCUGGAAAGUUAACAGAGAUAAGCAGAUAGAGAUCCAAGCACUGCUGUUGUCAGACUACCUCGUCCUUCUUCAGAGGGGCCCAGACGACCGACUGCAGCUGCGGUACCCAUCCCGCUGGCUGGGUGGAGGUGGUGGAGGUGGUGACAGCAAGACUUUCUUCAGCCCUCUUGUGAAGCUGGACUCACUGCUGGUCCGCCCAGUAGCAACAGACAAUAAAGCCCUUUAUGUCAUCAGCACCACAGAGGCGCAUAUCUAUGAGCUGGUGGCCGGGACAUUAUCAGAGAAGAAUACUUGGAAAAGUUUACUUGAAAAGGCCGUUGGUAAUUCAUCGCCCUCCAUCAAUCAAGGAUCUACACCUACAUCUUCCCCAAGUUUGCGCAGCGCGUCCCCCCUCUCACCUGGCAGCAGUGUCUAUGCAGAAAACUCACUGACAGAACAGUCUGAUUCCAUUGAGGCCCAUUCCUCCAGUAAUGACAUAGAGCUCAGUGACGACACGCAUGUGGACCAAUCAGAGGCUUUUGUCUGUGCUGAGAAACAAGCUGCUGGGGUGGCAGAUUCUGCUUUGCAAGAUGUUGAAACACUAAGGCAGCUCAUCUUAGACCUGCAAGAGGACGGAUGUAGCCAUGACUCCGAUGACACGCCCACCAACGAGACCGUAACGGAGCGACAGCAGCCAGAGUCUUCAGAGAACGCCUCCAGCUUCUCCACCAAUGAGUCAGAGUCUGAGCCUGAACAGGUUCCACCUCCAAGUGCAGAAAAACCCAGCGUGCAGAUUGUAAGGAAAGCUAUGGUUGCGGGUCCUUCUUCUUCUUCCUCUGUCCCUGAUGGCAUCAGCGAUGAUGUCACCCUCCUCUCAGACCACUCCUCCGAGCCAAGAGGCGAGGCCACUGUGCAGGGGAACAUGUUCUACUUAGUGAUGCCAACAGAGCAGGGGGAGAGCAUCACAGAUGACCCCAACGACCCACCUACCCCCAAAGCCACUCACUUCCCUCAGCCUCAGGAGGAAGUGAUGUCACCACAACUGCAGCUGGAGGCGGAAACAUCAGCCUGCAUUCUGGAGGCCAACCAAUUGGAGUCUAUGCAACUGGAACUGGACGAAGAGGAGGUCCAAUCGCCGGCUGUGCACAAGAGUCACAUGAUCAAAAACGUGGAUGAGAUUUUUCACACAAUUGAGGGGCUGAUGAGCAAAUUGCGUCAACUAAAGGAGAUUGAGAAGGCCCAUCACAAGCUUUUGAAAACCCUCAGAGAGCCCUCUGUCAGUCCAGAGUCAGGGGACCAACAGUGUCCCUCGGCAACAGUCUCCAGAACUCCAUCUUUAGAUCGUAACUCAGACUGCAAAGAAAGAAGUUCGGCAGAACCCAAGAUUCAGUCGACGGGAUUCUGAUAUUACUCUGGAGUGGAUAUACUUUCAGUCACUCACUGUUGAUCGUUGCCAUAUGGACAGACCCACAUGUAUGGGCGCCUGAGCCCCACCUCCCCUAACCCCUCGUCCCUGCAUGCACCGACCAGUGGAGCAGAAACUAAGAAGGGCUGUAACUGUUUGUCUCUGACUUAAAUCAGAGCAUGAGGGACUCCAGGACAACAAGAAUGAAGGAACAAAGGGCAGAAGGAUAAGUUGAAGAGAAAUGGAGACGUUGGAAGAGUUGAAAGUAGGAAAAAUGACCAAGUUGGGUAUUCGUGAUGGAAAAUGAGUUGUAUGUCUUGAAGCUGGUUGAAGGAACAGAACAGAAAGAUGUUAAAAUGUUAACGAAGGGAAUAAUCCGAGGAACCCGUUACCCCAGCACUUUACUACCAAUGCAUCCCUCUGUCGUGUUCAUCCUUUACAGUGGACAGAUCAUGAACUGGAGUCUCGUGUGGGGGCUGACACUUGAGCCGAGAUGGCCUCCAGGUGUCCCUUUAGCCCACCCUGUUUACUGGUUGCUUUACACUGAUUUCACCUGGUACCUUGGCCGAAGGACUGUGUCUAUAUAAAUCAGGUUAUUUGCACUGGGUAAGGAAACUAAUAUCACACACACACACACACAACCACUAUUCAUAUCCCCACUGUGAGGGAGAAAAACUAGAGUUGUAGCCAUGCUGUCAUAUCUUUAAACCUUCCUUUAAGCUACACGAUAGUUCUCCAUCGGUGCAGCGUAUUGAUCAUUACUUUUAUCACUUUUUUCUUUAAGUUCUGGACACACUACUGCGCUGUUGACUACUACAAUGCUGGCAGGUUUUGUUUUCAGCGCUGCUGCUUCAAAAGCGCACCAGGAUCUCAGCGAUUCAGAUUACAAGCUCAGUGGAUUUCAGGUUCUUCACUUUCAGCAGGCAAUGAAGUGUAAGGAAACGCAGCAAUUAUAGACUUAAACCUAGAAACUUGAAUUUUGAAUGAAAGCCUGUUUGCUACUCAGUGGAGGUGCUGCCAAAUAUUGCUGUUAAUAUUGCCUGACCACACUUCAGAGUUCGACUGUGCAGCCUUGAGCCCCAGUGUAUUGUGUGUAUAAACCCCACAGUAUGUACUAUGAACCAACAUCUUCUCCUUUCCUCCCAUCAUUUCAUGCUGGGCAUUGAUUGGCCUCUACUCACACACACACUUAGUUUGAUUUUGCAAACUCAUCUAACCGCACUUGUGUCCUAAACAUGCAGCCUUUGUUGGAUCUGCACAGAUAAAAGACCGACAUUACAGACAAGAAGUUUAUUUUCUAUUGAUGAAGGUCAACACUGCUCUCGUCUAUAAAGAAAAUAUGACUCUGUAGCCUGCAGCUGCUUAGCGUGAAGAUUCAUUGAACAGGCAGUUAGCUCAGCGAUUCAAUCUGUUUAAGCUCUUGUUUUGUUUGAACUAGACAAGUGACAUGUAGCAUUUUCCUUAGUACUUACUUGAUGCUCAUAGGUGGACGUUUUUCUGUGGAGAGCACCAGGAUCGCGGUUUAUUCCUGUCUCCUGUGGUUGUGCUAUGCUAAGCUAAUCAGCGCCUGGUGACAGCUCUGUAUUUAACCCACAGACGUGGCAGUGAUAAUCCGAUCGUUGAUCUGUCGCAUUAACUUUAGUUAAACGCCUUCAUUGAGGCACAUGUGUAACCAGCAACGACAGUUAAGCCAAGUUGUUUUUUUUUUGUUUUUUUUUUAAAUCCACACUUGAUAUAAAAUCCAUUUAUAAACUGCUACAAGAUAAUAUAUGUUCAGAGGUUAAAGGUUUAUUUUGUCUUUACCUCUGUCUGAAGCCGGGUGCAGACCAGUCAGCAGCUGGUUUCAUACUCGCAGGGAGUGUUUUAAGAAACUUACUAAGCGUGCGCUACCAAGCUGAACCAAACCAGGAGCCAGUUGCAUUUUUACACUAACCAGCCACUGAUUCUACUGUUCAAAUGUAGUGUUCAGUGGAAGGUUGUCACUCUUUAGCCAACACGGUCUGAAGGAGGAGGCCCACUGGUCACACACGUACAGGCGUAGAAGUGAGGCCAACACGAGUAGCGCUACUGAUCACUUAGACACUGAUUCUGUGUUUACCUGCAGGAACAUUUGUGUUAAAAUCUAAAAAUGUUUUACCAAAGUCAAAUAUCUAUCUGGGGGUGUUUCCCUAUCUAGGGAACAUGUUUUAUUUUUCUCGUUCACAUUUCGGCUGCUGGUUUCUCUCACUGGGAAACUGACAUUUAGCCUUGAAAUAAAAAAAACACACAAACACUUCUUUAUAUCAAGCUAUGAUCAAUGUGGUCACCAAUGGCAAUAUACACUUUGGGCAAUAGUUUAAAACACAAAAUAAGGGAAGUUGGAUUUUGUCUGAAGUAAAUGAAUCAAAAUCAGGAUCUUUCCCACUUCUGUUAGUCUUUCUGUAUUUUCUCUAACUACAGCAUUUUUUCUUCUCCAGUUUCUACCUCCACACUUCAGUUACUUUGCUUCUCUUACAUUAAUCUUGCCGUUGACAAACGUUAGAGAUGUUGUUCCUUCUAAAAAUGUGUUGCACAGAGAAAACUUCCCUGCACGGUGCACACUACUGUAUGCAUAUACACAUCUUUAAUUAUCAUCUCAUUGUCUUUUUAUUUCAUUCUUUUAAAAAAAUAUCUUCACUCAUGUAAUAUAGUUCAGACCCACUUGUUUUAUAUAUGUUAAUUUUUCUGUAAAGCCUUAGUCCUCAUUUUUGAUUUAAUUUUUGUAGAUAUGAGUUUAAGAAAAGGAUGUAUAAAUUAUUUUUCUCCCUGGUUUUUAAAUUGGUGACAUUGUUAGGUGCACAGAAGGAAAAAGCGUUCAUGUGUCAGAUUCAUGUGUUUUGUGACAUUAAACAGAAAACUGGAUGAA